AUGGCAAAUCGAAGAAACAUUUUAUAUUUAUUCGACGUGGAUGGAACCUUGACCCAGCCGAGACAAGUUAUUACAGAAGAAUUAAAACAAUUCUUGCUUCACGAGGUGAAACCCAGGGUGUCCAUAGGUCUCGUCAGCGGAUCAGACUAUUCUAAGAUCGUGGAACAAAUGAACGGUGAGGAUGUGACGAAUCAGUUUGACUACGUGUUCUGUGAAAAUGGCGUAAUGCAAUACCGGCAAGGCGCUUUGCGGAGCCAGCAAAGCAUUCUGGCCUACAUCGGAGAACAUACAUUGCAGAGAGUUAUUAAUUUUGCUCUCGGAUACAUGUCCAGACUAGAAUUGCCUGCCAAACGUGGCAACUUUGUGGAAUUCCGAUGCAGUAUGAUUAAUAUAUGCCCAGUAGGCCGUUCUUGCACUCAGACAGAGAGGGAAGAUUUUUCAAAAUUUGAUAUCAAACAUGAAGUCAGACGUAAAUUUGUAGAAGCUUUACAGAAUGAAUUUAAUGGCACCAAGUUAAAAUUUGCUCUUGGUGGACAGAUAAGCGUGGAUGUGUUCCCUGAAGGAUGGGACAAAACUUACUGCUUACAGCACGUCGCCAAUGAAAACUUUAAUGAAAUACAUUUUUUUGGAGACAAGACAUUGGCAGGGGGAAACGACUAUGAGAUCUACAAUGAUGACAGGACUAUCGGCCAUAAAGUGACAUCCCCUUAUGAUACCAAAGAACAACUUCAACGCUAUCUUAACAUAUCGUAA